CUACUCCGUAAUACAGAUAAAUUUUGUUGUCAGAAACCCAAGAUGAAUACUCUCCAUUAAAAAUAAGCUUAAAGAAAAAUGUCGGAAUCGCACCGCACCCGGUCGAAGGCCGCUCCGGACUGGACGGCGGAGGAAUCCCUAAUUUUGGUGAACGAGAUCAGCGCCGUCGAGUCCGACUGGGGCUCCACUCUCCCAUCCUUUCAGAAAUGGCAGCAGAUCGUCGAGAACUGCAACGUCCUCGACGUCAACCGCAACUUGAAUCAGUGCAAGCGCCAGUGGGACGCCCUUCUCACCGCCUACCGACGGGUUAAACAAGGAGCUCCGCCGGAUCGCUUCUUUCCACCUGACCUCUACGCCGCCAUCGAUCAGUGUCUCACUACCACCGUCAAAAGAAAUAACUGCGCCGGAGAGGCUGAGGAGGAGGAUGCGGCGAUGCCGGAGGAAGAGGAACAAGUAGCUAUGGAGACUGAUCCGGAUUCCGAUCCGGAUGCGCAGGGGCAAUUGACUAAGUUAUUCUUUCAAACUGGUUCCAAGAAACAGAGACCAAGGAUGAAGCGUCGAAAGCGCAGACUUGAAACCCAAAAUCCUUGGGGAUACUUCACGAGCACGAAGAAACCACACGAAGAAUCUAGCAGCAUACAGGAAGAGGCUAAGCAAACAGAUAACGCCGUUGAGAGCUUGCAUGAGGAGAUCUAUACUGAGACGAAAGAGCAACCAGAGUCGGAAGAGCAAUCACUGGCCAUGAUGCUGUGGGAGAGAGCUUUGCAGAUCAAUGCAAUCGUGGAAGGAAACCUAGCCGAUGAUGUAGAUCUGAAGAACACUGAGGCUGUUCAAAUGGAUUUCACUAGACGCCAAGGUGAUAAGCUUAUAGACUGCCUUGGGAAUAUCUCUACCACUCUUAAUCAGCUUUGUGACUUGGUCCAGAAAUGCAACUGAUUUUUCAAAAAAUUUCUUGAUUUUGUAUAUAUUACUAUGUCAAAUGUAACUCUGCACUAAAUGAAUUAUUGUCUUGAAACCAGAUCAACGAAAUAGAAUGUCCAAAACAAUUUUAAUUUA